CUGCAUUUGAUGCGAUUUUCCACGUUUACAAUUACAAAUCCAUGAAUAUUAAAUCGAGAUAGGGGAGAUGCGAUUUUUCAGAAUUUUUACUGCACGCUGUAGUGCAUGAACAUCGGGUAAUAUGAUUUGUAUGUCUUUUUACGAAACCUCCAUAUGGUUUAGGACUUUCUGCAAUGGUGGUCUUAAACGCAUCAGGAGGGGCUGAAAGGGGUCCGUCCGUCAAACUCCGUCUGGCCCUCUCAUCUGACACUACCGGGCAUUUCGUCUGUAAAAAUCCAGUGAUAAAACCUCCGGCAAACCACGGCAUUUCCUUGACAACGGAUCACUGCCGGUGGCAUUAUCAGACAUUAUCAUCUAGCGUAAACAACUUCACUCGAAAUAAGUUUGGUUUUCUUAACAUUAAAGAGCUAGUUUCACUGAUUGUAGAUCAAAUUGGAUUAUGUUGCGCUUAUAGCACAUAAAAAUGGGAAAUCCUUCUGUCGAAGGAAAAGCAUCAAACGAUGUUGCAAAUAGCCAAUGGAGACCUGAGGAUGAAUACAAACAAAAUAAGGCCAAUGUAACAAGCUUUGGCAAAUUGAAAUUGCUUAGCAGAUUAACUAUAAAGGAACUCAGAAGAAUACAAAAAUCAUUCCCUAUAACUCUGCUGGAUACGGUGGAACCAAAACGAGACGUGGAACAAUUUUGUGAGCUGUUGUCUGGCAUUGUGAGCGAUGGAAGUGAGGCUGAAUAUCGGGAGCUGUUUGACAUCAUUGAUACGGAUAAAGAGGGCUUUGUGGACUGGGAUAAGUUUUGCUCUCACAUGCAACGUGACUAUCAGGAGAAAGAUGACAGACUGAAAACUACCCAGGUUCCACAGUGGAGGGAAAUGAAAUAUAUCAAUAGUCCACAUAAGGAGAGUAUUCAAAAGAUAACAAUGUUAAUGAAUCCCCCGAGAUAUGUCACCGUUAGUAAGGAGGGUGUCGCUGUUAUUUGGAACCUAAAUAUGAAACCAUUUAGAACAAACCGGGUUGCCACAGAACAAGAUGAAGUCAAGCAAAGAGAUCUGUGGAUCACUGAUUUCAUUCCAAUGCAGAACACUUAUAAGUUGGUGCUAGCUUUAACGAGCAAAGAAAUUGCAAUUUAUGAUUUGAGUUCGAAGUCGGAGUUUCUAUGUCAAUAUCGGAUACGUGGCUUGAAAUCCACUCCAAUCUCGUUGAAUUUCUGGUCUAAUCCUGAGCAACCGAACGAGUCGAUUCUGGUAUUUGGUGACGUGGCCGGCUGUGUUCAUGCUCUGAUAUUUUGUGAAUCUACCAUAUCUUUGUUUGACCGACCAUCUCAGGCUAAUGCCAACCAACAAGACAUCACCUUAAUUGUGGACAUCGACGAUAUCGUCAAGGGUCAUUAUAAAAACUGCCGCUAUGCCUACCAUAAUGGACACACGGAAUGGACCAGGCAAGUGAUGUACACGAGUUUGUUGGAUUGUUUUAUAUCAUGUGCGACGAACUACAAGAACGCUCUUGUCUUGGGAUGGAUGGAGAAGACUAAAUGCACUAUGAGAACGACCGUGUUCAAAAUCUCACAAGGUGUUAACGCUUUUGAUUACAACGAAAAAUUGAACCUAAUAGCCACGGCAGGAGUGAAUCAUCACGUGCUUCUAUGGAAUCCCUACGUCAUUUCCAAGGCAGUCGGAGUGCUUCGUGGUCACAUGCAAAGUGUCGUUGCUGUCAAGUUUAUUGAGUCACGUGGACAGACGAUCAGCCUUUCCAAGGACAAGGUCCUCCGUGUCUGGGAUACUCACUUACAAGUCUGUCUCCAACGUCUGUCCGGUGUCUUUCCUAAAGGACCAGAGGUCUCGACUGUGAUGUUCUUUGAUGAAGAGAGAAGUACCUUAUUGACUGCUUUCAAUCACCGUCUUUCAAUGAUGGUUAUGAAACCAGAGGUGAAGGAUCGUAUUGUAAGUCACGAUCAUCCAGUGAUUGCUGCGAUCUAUAACAGGAAAUUCAACCAAGUUGUGAGCGCUUGUGUAGGUUCAGUUGUCACAAUGUGGAUGAUUGAUACUGGACAGAAGGUUAAACAGUUUAAGAAUGUCCACGGGGAAUCUGAAAUAACAACGAUAACACAAGAUGCCAGUGAAACGAGACUUUUCACAGGAAGUGCAGAUGGAACGGUCAAGAUUUGGGAUUUCAACGGACAUUGCCAUCACGUAUUAGUGGUUGGAGAUGGUCAUCCUUGCGACAUCACCGAGGUUUUACCCUUAAAACGAAUGAUCUUAGUUGUUGGCUGGGACAGAACGUUGUGUGUGUUUCGAGACAACCAGCUGACGUCGUACUAUGUCCACCCGUCUGAUUGGAAAGGACGACAGGAGCACCAGGACGACAUUCAGUGCAUGGCGUUUACUGGACCGCACACCCUCGCCACGGCCAGUUACGAUGGGGAACUGGUGCUCUGGAACACGAGUUCUGAACAAGCAUUCAGGCAUCUCAAUUGUAAGGCACGCAAGGCCGCGCGUAACAACAGACGGUUGAGAAGACUGGAACAAAGUGGUAGUGCAUUGCAAAGAUCACGUGAUACACCCCAGGUUGCCUUGACACCAAAUGACGCCAUCCGAGAUGACGUGUCAAGUGUGUCUGCUACCGCAGAGGAUGGUCAGGAUGAAAACGAGGCAAAUCUCGGUUACUUUGUGAACAAAUUAAUAUUCCUUGACAACCGUCCACCUUCUUCCGCUCCUGACAAAGAUGUAAAUCUCGUGUCGUGUGGUGCAAGCGGCUGGGUUCGUUUCUGGAACACAAAUCGCUAUGUGCUUGUUGGCGAGUUCAUUGCUCACGAACAAGCUGGCGCGAUCACAAUGGCCGUUGAUACAAGUUGUCGUUACUUGGCAACGGGCGAUGGCGACGGAUUUGUCAAAGUUUGGCGCAUUUCCGAGUACAUCGUUGAUAUCAACGAUGAACUACCUCUAACCAAAAAGCCACCUUUGCAUAAACAAUUUCAACCUCAUUUCGACUCCAUUACAAGCAUCGAGAUUCUUGAAAGAUUUGACAGAAUGUUAUUGCUCUCUUCGUCGAGCGAUUGCUCCGUUGCAUUAUGGGAUAUCCAUGGUAGACAACUCGGUGUGUUUGGCCAGGAGGAACAUUGGAAAAUAGACGACUUGCCGAUUGAUUUACCUGAAAGUGACAAUGAGAUUGACUCGGCCGAGGACGAUGAUGAUGAGUUUGACGUCGUGGACAAGAACGAUGCCUUUCAUGGAACCAAAGAACAUUCAGGUCUCGAGGUAAAAAUUCCUGAAACGUGGGACCCAAAUUUCACCGUGUCAACUUGGGACCACAGCAUAUUGGGCAAAGCAUACAGCGAACCGCGAAAGCAAAAACGUCAGCGUCAGCAACCUCAGACGAGAGAAAAUAAACCAAUUGAUCGUCAACAAGAAAAGCACUGUGUUCCAACUGGAUUAUCCUACAGUACUUUGGAAACGAAAGAGCUGUCAUCGGUUCAAAGUCUUAAUAAACCUGACUUUGUCAGCAAUCCCUCGAAAUAUUUCAGUGACGACUUUAUGAGCAGCCGAAGAGGGUCACCGAUUGUUGAUGUUACACAACCUAUUACUGAAACUAUAAGCAUGCGUUAUGACGAGAAAAACUUGUUCCCAAAAUACAUCCUCGAGAUGGAAGCGAAGAUGAAAGCAACACACGCGAUAGCCUCGCGUGGGUCGCGCGCGAACACACGUGCAGGUGCGAGUACUCGAUCCAAGCCCUCGCCUUCGCAAGAUGCUGGAAAAACAGUACAUUUUAAACCUCAAAGAAGGAAGCUAUCACCACACACGGAAACACCCAUCGAAGAUUGAGAAACAUAAAGUUUCUCCGAAACUCAGAAAUUGUUUAACUGUACAUAUGAAUAUGGUAUUAUAAUCUCCACGGUAUAAGAAAUAUAUACAGUGGGCCUACACAAGUUUGUACGUAUAGAUGUUCGUAAUAUAAUACAUAGAUUAACUUAUUUUUAUUGGACAUACAUAGCACCAUUUCCAACAUCUAAAAUAUGUCACCUGCUCAUCAUAAUUAUUAUAAUUUAUGCUGAAUUUGGUAUUUUACCGCAGAAUAAAGAUUGCGGGCGUUUGCAUAA